AUGGAUCACAAGCUUGAUCUAAACGUUAAAGAUUUGCACAGAUUAGUUCUUGGAUCAGUCUCUCAACAACAGCAACAACCGGGAAUUAUGGACAUUGUAAAUCCGCUUGAUUUGUCUGAAAACUUUGCUUAUCUGGGAGCACGGCGUGUCAUUUUGAGAUCGAGAUGUCUUGAUUACCGGACGACCAUUUUGAGAUCGAGAUGUCUUUAUUGCCGGACGAGACAAGUGUUAGGGACUAGAUUUGUUGACGGUGCGGCGAAAACUCCAACGGUCGGCGGAGUGAGUCGCCGUCGUUUAACCAGUAAAUAG